AUGGCUCCCAACAACAACCCCUCGUCGCCCGCCAGUUUGGCGUUGGCACUCCCCGACCUGAGACGGCCUCGACGCGACUCUGUGGCCUCGAUAUCGACUACUUCACAAGUCGACAAAGAGCAGCUAGCCCAAACUCUUAACAAGAUACAUAAUUCUGCCAGUCAAAGCGACACCUUGACGACCUUCAACGACUUCGGGCCACCCCCAUCUACCUUGCCGAUUGCCGAAAAUAAGGGACUCACCGGAGACUUGGUCCAAAAUGGCUUCAGUGGGCUGUACAACAGGUUGAAGGAGGCUGUGGGGGGUGCUCCUUUGAGGAUGCCGGACGUGGACGAGGACACCCCCAGUAUUGCUUCCAAGAAAAGCUCGUCAACUACAAACACGGCUCCGAAACCAACAACGGCGUCACUUCACCGCGGCGAAACUGCUGGCACAAGCUCGAGCUUGGUCCUGCCAUCCGAUGGUCUCCUCACCAGCCUCUCUAGUUCUGGAGCCGUCCUGCCCGAAGCAGACAGUCCUCUACAGACUCCCAUGUCUAACAAAUCAACCGCCAUGUCUGUCAUGACAACCUCUAGAUCUACCACUUCGAGCAGACCCGCUGCUGUGAGCAUGCCCAAAGCAUCGGCUGUCACUGCAGUUACACCCGAUGUCGCACCUGCUUCUGUGCACCGAGAUCCUAGUCAGCAGACUGUUCGGUCAGAGGACACUCUUUUGCGGACGUCUGAAAGACGUAGCAUCAGCAAGUCGGAUGCGCGUGGGCCGAUAUUCGCAGCAGAGAAUGCCAGCCUUUAUGAAGACUUCAAGGCCACCUCUGAGCGAGCACAAAGUCAAAGUACCAAUCGUUCACGGAAAGAUGACGUGGUCAGCGUGGAUGGCAGUGUUGACACACCUCUGAGCCCGACAAAAUCCGUCACACCAUCUCUGCCCUCUUUAAAGACCGACCUGCGCCACGUGCGAACUCCUUCUGGCGGCUCGUUACUAUCAGCCCCAAGGCGGCCCGCUGUGAUCAAUAGAAUCACACGUUCUCGGUCUCCGGCCUACGCUCACUCGAGAACUUCUUCGAUGGACCAGGGAACCGCAGAGCCCAGCCCAGUCAGCACCUCGGCGCACACGCCGAUAUACCAUGAAUCAUUUGCUCACGAGUCGAGGCCUCAACAGAUGAGAUCUGGGGCCAUGCGCAUUCCUGGUACGACAAGAAAUGAGGGAGCUCCAGAAGAGGUCAAUACGAAACUCGGAUUGAUGCGAAAGCAGAUUCUGAGCAAAGAGUUCUGGAUGGCCGACGAGACCUGCAAGGAAUGUUACUCUUGCCAGCAGCCGUUUUCUGCAUUUCGGAGGAAGCAUCAUUGUCGGGUCUGCGGUUUCAUCUUUGACUCGAAAUGCACGUCGAUCAUUUCAGCCCAAAUGUUUGCCAUGUCGGGGACUUUGAGGCUCUGCAAACCAUGUCUCAAGGUGCUCAACCAAGUUGAAGACAGUGCCUCGGACGACUCAGGGGACGACUCUUUCUUGCCUGCCAUCUUCCGUCCGAACCAUGCCAAGGCUGAGGCUGAGGUGACAGAAGUCGAUGUGGAAGGCGAAGAGACAAGCUUUGCUGGUAGGAUGGAGGAUCUCGACGAUGCCCGAUCUAUAUCAACGCCAAUGAUGGCCAUCCCAGCGACCAGAAGGAUAGGAAUCGACGAUUCGAAUCGGAGAUCAGCCAUCCUAGAAAUCGACGCCCCGCAGCUCAGCAGACCCAGCUCCUCCCGAUCUCUCAAGUCACUCAACGCAGCAAGGCCUCAAUCAUCGGGUCUGGGCCACCGGAGACAUCACUCGAGACAAAAUUUCUGGUCGAGAUUCAAGCCCAUUCCAGACAAUACUGCUCCUUUCCGCAAGGACGUCAAUGAGGAGAUGACGCGCAAACAAAAGUAUCCGGCAUUUCACGAAGACAACAUUAUCGACCCAGAACUGGCAGAUUAUAUGUCAGACGAAUCAAGUGGAGACGAGCAAAUGAGCAUGUUCGCAACCAUGUCGAACAGCGAUCUGCAACCUUCAAGCUUUGAUCGGGAGAAGAGCAACUUUGGCUCAUUCAUUGGCGCGACUAGAAAGCAUCGCUUCCGAGGAGGAGAGAAAAGUCUCAGCGGCAUCAGCUUCACCAGUCGCGGCGGCCCCGACGACACCGGUCUUGGCAGUCUUGCUGGUCAUAUCCGAUCAUCUCGCCGGCGCAAUCUCAGCAACGUGAGCGGCAACGUACAUUAUCUUCGCUCUCCGAGACCAAAAUCAUCCGCGCUCAAAGGACCUACGAUAUCUAAUGACACUAUUUUCUCGCCAGAGAACCCAGCGAUUGAGGCAACAAAGCUCACUCGUAGCGACUCCAUGCAGGAAGAAGAUAAGGAACCGCAGGUUGAGCUCAACUCUUCCAGCAUGCUGCAUGUGAGAAAGUUACUCCAUCAACUUUUGGAAGAUUCCAGAGUACCCAACGCCUCUGCUUGGGAGAAGGCACUGAUUCCUAUUCUGCUUCAAUGCACUGACGAUGUUGUGCCUGAUAUUCGUGCUGGCGAUGACAUGGACAUCCGCCACUACGUCAAGCUCAAAAAGAUUCCCGGCGGCAAACCAGGAGAUACCAGUUACGUGUCUGGCGUCAUAUUCACCAAGAAUUUGGCUCUCAAAAGCAUGCCACGCCGAAUCGUCAAUCCACGCAUCGUUAUUGUGUCCUUCGCAAUUGAGUAUCAGCGCCAUCACCAACAUUUCAUGAGCUUACAGCCUGUUAUCGAGCAAGAAAAAGAGUAUCUGAGGGUUGUGGUAAAUCGCAUCAUCAAUUUGCGACCUGAUGUACUGUUGUGCGAGAAGGGCGUUUCAGGUGUUGCUUUGCAAUAUCUAGCUGAAGCCAACAUUGCCGUGGCCUACAACGUCAAGCCAUCUGUGACAUCGGCUGUGUCAAGAUGUGCCGAGACCGACAUCAUCACUUCUCUCGAUCGCUUGGCCCUUCAGAAUCAGGCUGGCCGAUCAGCUGGUUUUGAAGUGAAGACUUAUGUCAAUAAAAGCUAUCCUGGGAAGAAAAAGACCUACAUCUUCCUCUCGGGGUGCGCCGAACGGCUGGGAUGCACGAUAGCCUUGCGCGGAGACUCAACUCAAGUCCUCGCCAGGAUGAAGAAGAUUACCGAGUUCAUGGUAUAUGUGGUUUACAACCUGAAGCUCGAAACGUGUCUCAUGCGGGAUGAAUUCAUUCAGUUGCCAUCAGAAGGCGAGCUUCCGUCCCUACAAUCAUCUAUCCGCCAGCAAACCGAUGAAAGCUCAAGAUCAAUGAGCAUGUCAGGCGAGACGGGCCGACUUGGAUCGACUGCAUCCCAGACGUCCCCGAUGGAGUCUGAGCCACCGUCGCAGACAAGCCAGAGUGUUUCUUUUACCGGAUCAGCAGGAGCGCACUCCGAUCAGACGGAAGAGCAGCGACCGGCGGAGCCCGUACGAACUGUCUCUCUCCAUGCCUCGCAUGUUGCCACUGAAGCUGCCGACACGCACGUACCUGAGGACGUCCCAAUGCCGACCUAUUACAGCGAUAUGGUAGCCAGAUACGAAACCAAGAUCCUAUCAGCUUCCCCUUUUGUACGAUUUGCGCAACCACACUUGUUGAUGAAGGCGCGAGAACAAGAGCGGAGGCUAGUGUAUCUCAAGCGUCUACGGGACCAAGACGUUAUUGAGGAACAGGCAGAUCCUGAGAAGAGAUCACAGAAGUUUCAACUCAUCAAGCCUGAGAUGGUCCAUGAAAUCGGCCAGAAGGCGCCUCGGCAGAUUAUGGAAGUACUUCAUGCCGUCCACGAUGCCGAGUACGAUAAGGCGCUUCACAACUACCAGACACAGACACGUCAAUGGGAGAAUUACAUCCAAGGGAACCUUGAUCUAUUCGAUCCUUACUCUCACCAGAACAUAGUUGUCCUGUACUCUGUCAUCUGCACCGAGACAAAAAUCCCGUGUGCGGAGCCUGGACUGAUUGCCAUUGCCUUUUACGACGAGCACAUGGACCAAAGUGGCAGCAUGGAUCCUGACUGUACUUUGGGCCAGUAUAUUGAAGAUCUGUGUCUCAGCAAGGACUCGAUCUGUACGUCGAAUGGUUGUGACCGCAAAAUGACUGAGCAUCAUCGGACUUAUGUUCACGACGAAUCACGCAUCACAGUCUUCAUCGAGCCCGCAGCCACAAAGCCAAAAUUCGUGACUGACGACAUUACGAUGUGGAGUUACUGCAAGGUAUGCAAGAGGGACUCUCCUACGAUGCCCAUGUCAGACAGCACAUGGAAGUACUCUUUCGGGAAAUACCUGGAGCUACUUUUCUGGAGCAAGGGCCUCAAACUCCACGAGAACACAGAGUGUUUCCACGACCACCACCGCGACCACAUCAGGCUCUUCCAAUUCCGCGAGACCUGGGUUCGUAUCCAUUAUGACCCCAUUGAUUUGCUGGAGAUUAUCGUACCUCGAGCCCGAAUCACUUGGAAAGUCGACAACGACUUGAAGUUGAAGAACCAAAUCUUCAGUAAGAUCGAGUCCAGGUGGAUUCGUUUCAUGACAUCUGUCAAAGUCAGGAUCAAGACGAUUAGGGUCGAUAGUGUCUUGCCAGAAAAGGCCGAGUCUUGCAGGAUCGAGGUCGACAGGCUUACGAAAAAAGCUCAAGACGACCAGGUUGCCGUUAUUCGAAGGCUUCAAGAUGCUUAUGUCAACUCCAAGUAUUAUGAAGUCAUCCCCUUCAAUCCGAUCGUGAGGGAGAUGCUUGAAUACGCCGGAGAAUGGGACACGGCGUUCAACCAAUUUGAGGCCGAUUUCUUGGCUGAUAAGGACUUGCGGCAGUUGACGAUGCUGCAGCUGAAGAAGAUCUUCACAGACAAUGAAUCAAAAGAGUCCGUUGCGGCAACUGAAGGGAGCAUAUCGACUGUCGACACCGGAGAGCCUCCGUCACAGACGUUUUCGGACACCGACGACAAGACCACGCAGCCAACAGACUUCAGCGACCCUAGUCUGGGCGGAAGUACGGACUUGGCAGACGACAAUGCCGCCGAGCAGGCUCAACAGGAAGAUCUUGAUGCACCAACCGAGCAAGUUUUGGAAAGAGUCGAGCCCCUCGACCUGGCAACCCCGACAUCCCCAUCCACGACAAGGCCACCCCUCUCCACAAUCGGCACAAAUACCGAUGCGACCCCUUCAACAGAGCCAGCCAAGGAGCUAACUCCGACGGAGUCAUUUGCAACCGGAUUUGCAAACCAUGUCCAGCUUGACAACCAGCCCGGUGGUGUCUCUCUUUCCGAGAAGAUUGAGCAGCUGAGACGUGAACACCAGGCUCUAGGUGCAGAGGCUCCAACGUCUGACCACGUCCCCGAAACCCCCCGGGCGGAACGCGGAUCAUCCCGUAGAGCGGGAAUGGCAGUGUCACCGCCCAUGAUUCGAGCAGCUUCACAGCCCAUCCACACUUUGAAAAAGGUGCAGUCAGGCAUUGGGAAGUCGAUGCUUCAAAAAGAUCCUAAAACACUGGCUGAAGCUUCUGAAACGGACUCUUCUUUCAAGGUCGACAAGAAGCUCUCCGAGCGACUAGGCCUGGGAGGUGUGCGAGGCCACAAGAAGACGGCUCAAUCGUCAAUCCCCCGAUUCGUUCACAAGAAGAAGGAGUCCAAGGUUUUUGCCAUUGCCAAGCAUUUCGAGCAACUCAGUCGCGAGUUCGAGAAAGAAAGGAUUCGAGAAGACAAGAAGAAGCGCGCUGCACGUCAGCCACGUGCCUUCCUACCACGCACAUCGACCAAGCCCAUUGUAGAGGUUUAUGACGAUGUCGACGAUGCCGUGCAGGAGCUUGAGCCAUCAGACUACGAGGGCCCAGACGAAGGUGGCAACGACUUCGAGAGCAGCGCAACGACGCCCAUGCUCAGGACUGCGCAGACGGCACCUGUGACGCCAGCCGCAAGGUUGGACGUAUCGGAGCCGUCGCUCGAGAAGACGCCUCCAGUUCCACAUGACGAUGGGCACACCGGUGGCGAGACGGACGACACUGGCACUGUCAAUCACAGUGUAGGGGGGUCUGAUGAAGAGUGCGGAGGGAGUGAUAAUGAGCGAAGCCUGGACGACAUUCUACCUGACGUUAAAGAGCUGGCAGAUGCUCUAGAGCCCAGCACAGACAUUCCCCUCGAACUGCCCAAGCACCAGAAGAAGAGCUUGAUGAAGCUCCUCACCAACUUUUGGGCUGAACGCUCUGCAAGUGGCUGGCCAAUUCUCGAUUAUCCCGUCAACCCUAGUGAUCACAUCUUCAUCGACUCAGAUGUAAUUGUUAGAGAAGACGAACCCAGCUCUGUUAUUGCCUUUGCCAUGAGCUCGGAUGACUACCUAGGCAAGCUCGCCGAUAUCCGCAAGCAAUGGCAGAUCGCCAUUCAGAAGGGCUACGAGGCAGGCAGUACUGAUGCCAAGUCAUCGGGCAUAUCGGACACGGGCGGAGAGUUUGUCGAGGCCGACCUGGAGAAGAGCCUGCUCAGGGCCACGGGCACGCAUCUGAAGUACCAGUUCAAGGAAGGUACGGCCACGAUGAUGUGCAAGAUUUUCUACGCCGAACAGUUUGAUGCGUUGCGGCGCAAGUGCGGCGCGUCAGAUCGCAUCGUUGAGUCGCUGUCUCGCUGCCUCAAGUGGGAUUCAAAGGGCGGCAAGACAAAAUCCGUGUUUCUCAAGACGCUCGACGACCGCCUCGUGUGCAAGGCCCUGUCUCCGAUCGAAACGGCAGCCUUCCUGCGGUUUGCGCCAGCGUACUUCGGCAUCAUGGCAGAAGCGCUCUUCCACGAUCUGCCGUCCGUCAUUGCGAAGAUGCUGGGAUUCUUCCAGAUCAUCAUCAAGAACCCAGUGACAGGUGUCGAGAUCAAGUUGGAUCUGCUGGUCAUGGAAAACCUGUUUUAUGACCGCGCGCCAAGUCGGAUCUUUGAUCUCAAGGGGUCCAUGCGCAAUCGCAAAAUUCAAUCGACAGGCGAGCAGAACGAGGUCCUGCUGGACGAGAACAUGGUUGAGUUCAUAUACGAAUCACCCCUGUUCGCGCGAGAGCACUCGAAGAAACUCCUCCGCGCGUCCGUGUGGAACGACACGCUGUUCCUUGCGCGGCAGAACGUCAUGGACUACUCGCUGAUGGUUGCCGUUGACGAGGUCAAGAAGGAACUCGUCGUCGGCAUUAUCGACUGCAUCCGCACGUACACCUGGGACAAGAAACUGGAGAGUUGGAUCAAGGAUCGCGGGUUCGUGGGUGGAGGACGGAAUCGUCCCACUGUGACGAGCCCGAAGGAAUACAAGUCGCGAUUCCGAGAGGCCAUGGCGAGGUACAUCUUGCAAGCACCCAAUUGCUGGCACCAGUUUGGGGCACCGCAUCUGGCCAACACGGUCCGGCCACGGUUUGAGAACGACGGCAACCCAGAGUAG